AUGUACAGCAGAUGCUGUCUGGCAAUAAACGUGUUGAAACAGACUGCGUUGGGCUACGUAACAGAUGGCGACGAAGAUGGGAUCGUGAAGCUAGACCAGUCAGACGCAAUGACGUCCUCCCUAGGAAAGCUGGCAGAGUUCUGCCCGGACACAGGCAACAUCGACGCCUAUCUCGAAAGGUUCGAGCUGUUUUCAAGUGCCAACGGAAUUGACGCCAGUAAGAAGUUGCCAGUCUUCUUGACAGUACUAGGAGAAAAGGCUUACGUGACGCUACGCAGUCUGCUGUUGCCGAACACGCCCACCGAGGUGAAGUACGAAGAUGCGGCGAAGGUACUGCAGCAGCACUACGCACCGAAACGGUCCGUGGUUACCGAGCGGUACCACUUCUAUCGGCGACACCAGGAGCCAAGUGAGAGCAUCGCACAAUUUAUCGUGGCCCUGAAAAGACUGGCUUCGACGUGUUCCUUUGGAAACUUCCUUGAAGACGCUCUUCGAGACCGGCUGAUUGCCGGACUGCGGACGGACGCCAUCAGGUGCCGUUUUUUUGCGCUACCGGACAACGAGGUCGCAUGGGAGCGAGUCUGCAACAUCGCCACUGCCAUGGAAGCAGCUCAAAAGGACACCAAGGACAUGCUGGGUGACACCGCCGCCACAAGCUCCGAGGACGUGCACUGGCAGCGGGGCAUCGGCAAGCCACGCAAGCCGGACGCGACAAAGCAACUAGCAACAAGCAGCGAGAGGUCAGCCGCCAGAGAGGUACAGUGCUAAUCACACUUGUCUAUAACGUGCGAGC